CAAUCCACAGCAUGGGGUUUAUGAAAGUUGUUAAGAAUAAGGCCUACUUCAAGAGAUACCAAGUAAAAUUUAGAAGACAGCAAGAGGGAAAAACUGAUUACAAUGCUCAGAAACACCUGGUGAUUCAGGAUAAAAGUAACUACAAUAUACCCAAAUACAGGAUGAUAGUUCAUGUAACCAACAGAGAUAUCAUUUGUCAGAUUGCUUAUGCCUGCAUGGAAGGGGAUGUGAUAGCUUGUGCAGCUUAUGCUCAUGAACUCCCAAAGGAUGGUGUGAAGGCUGGCCUGACAGAUUAUGCUGCAGCAUACUGCACUGGCCUGCUGCUGGCUCCCAGGCUUCUUAAUAGGUUUGGCAUGGACAAGAUCUAUGAAGGCCAAGUGGAGGUGAUGGGAGAUGAAUACAAUGUGGAAAGCAUUGAUGGUCAGCCUGGUGCCUUCACCUGCUAUUUGGAUGCAGGGCUUGCCAGAACUACUACUGGAAAUAAAGUUUUUGGGGCCAUCAAGGGAGCUGUGGAUGGAGGAUGAUCUAUCCCUCACAGUACCAAACGAUUCCCUCAUUAUGAUUCAGGAAGCAAGGAAUUCAAUGCAGCAGUACAUCGGAAACACAUCAUGGGGCAGAACGUCGCAGGUUACAUGCACUACCUAAUGGAAGAAGAUGAAGAUGCUUACAAGAAACAGUUCUGCCAGUAG